GGUUUGUCUACGGCAGCCGCGUUGUCCAAAAAUCAACCAAGCUGUCUCGUGUAAGGAUUCGUGGAAGCUAGAAUAGCAAUUUUUGCUUUCUGAUCACCACCAUCAUCAUUAUGAACAACACAUUUUGAAUGAUGUCUCGUCACUACAUGGCCACAUAACGUACUCAAGGACAAUCCGUGUUUGAGUGACCAAAUGGGUGGAAAGAAGAAAAAGUCGGCGGCGCAAUCAGCUGCUCCGGUGGCUGCGGUGAUAGCAGCCUCUGCAGCGGGUCGCGGCGGGUCAGAAGAACCGAAAAAACAACCAGCCAGCGACAAGCCGACCAAAGCAGCCAAGGAGAACAAGUCCAAAGCCCCAAAGACCUACAGCCUUGUCAAUGCUGCGCAGGUUGAUACAGGUGGGGUCUCAGACAAGUCGAUUCUCAAAAUUGCAAUUCAAGCUGAUCUGGAGAAGAAGAUUAUCAAGCUGAUCAAUGAGUUCAGGCAGGAUAAUGGGGACAAAGGACCCAUAUCAGGCAGGCUUACCAACAAGAAACUGCUGGACUUAUACACAGCUCUGCAGAAGUUCAACUUUAAGAGAGAACACAUCGAGGAGGCGAUGAAGAGCAGCGUGCUGUAUGGAGGGGACCUCCUCUCUGCUCUUGACUGGCUCUGCCUCAACCUUAGAGAUGAGGAGCUGCCUGAAGGGUUCAGUCAGCAGAUGCAGGAGGAGAGUCAGAAAAACAGGCCCAGAUUCCAGCCUCAAGCUCAGCAGAAACCUGUAGCCCAGAGCCCCAAAGCAUCUACCAAUGACCAUAAAGAGACCAGCAAGGCCACAGAAAAGGAUGAAGCUGCAAGUAUGAAGGAUUGGAUCUUGAGGUAUGCAGAACAGAGCAGUGACGAAGAGGAGGAGGAAGAGGAGGAAGGCCAAGGAAAGAAGACUGCAAAUAAUCCUGAACUGGAGGAAAAGUUUGACCCAAAUGACAGAUAUUUGAUCCUCACUGCUCAACUGUAUGACAGCAAAGAAACAGCUGCUGCUGCGAAGGCCAAAGCAGACAAGGUUGGCCAGCGAAUGGCACAGGACAGAGUCCGCAUCAUUCAACAAGAAAUGAAGCAGCUGGAGUCUCACCCCAUGUUCAAUCCUGCUAUUAAAGUGGUGGAUGUGCCACAGAAGGAAAAGAAGAUGCUUCCUGUUACUGAGGACAAGGAAGAUCUCAGUUUUAAGUUAUUUGAACAAGCUGAGAAGCCCCCCCCUGCAGAAAAAGCUGUGAAAAAGAACCAGCCGAAGGACAUCCGUAAUUUUGACUACACAGCUCGCAGCUGGACCGGAAAGUCUCCCAAACAGUUCCUCAUCGACUGGGUGAGGAAGAACUUGCCGAAGAGUCCGCCGCCGGCAUUUCACAAAGUGGCUGCUGGAAGACACUGGAGAUGCAAGGUGCGUGUUCAGAGGGCAGAAGAUGUGCUGGAAGUUUGUCCAACUAUUCUGACUGAGGACAGUAUGCAGGCUCAACAUCUGGCAGCCACACUGGCACUUUACAACCUAGUUAAAGGACAGUCGGUGCACCAGCUCCUGCCUCCCACCUACAGAGAUGUGUGGCUGGAGUGGAGAGACAGUGAGCAGCAUCGGCAGGAAGAGAGCCGCACCGCUGCCAACAAACCCCGUGACCAGUUUAUCUCCCGGCUCUUGACCCGACUCAAACAGCAGCAGAACCAAAGUCAAGACCAGGAGUGUGGUUUCAAAGCUCAAGUGGGGCAGGGCCAAGUCGGGGAUGAAGACCCUGAGGAAUCCUGGGAGAACCUGGCUGGUCUUGAGAUUGGGGACGGAGGAGGUGAACUGGCAGGCAAGAGUGAUAAAAUGGGAGGGAGGAAAGAAGAAGCAGGCGCACUUGAGGCAGCCAGAGAACUGUUAAUGAAGCUGAAAAAAUCCCCGUUGGCCCGAAAACUGCAGGCAGAGCGAGAGCAGCUCCCCGUCUUUCAGAAUCGGCAUCAUGUCCUGGAGGCUCUGCAGCGCCACCCGGUGGUGGUGGUGGCUGGUGAGACGGGCAGCGGAAAGAGCACCCAGAUCCCUCAGUUCCUGCUGGAGCAGCUCCUGGCUGGGGGCAAAGUGCCACAACCCUGCAACAUAGUGGUGACCCAGCCCCGCCGGAUAUCUGCAGUGAGCCUGGCCAGCAGAGUGACCGAGGAGCUGGGCUGCGAGGACGGACCAGGAUCAAAGUCGUCGCUGUGUGGAUAUCAGAUCCGAAUGGAGAAUCUGUCUGGGGAAUGGACCCGUCUGCUGUACUGCACCACUGGAGUUCUGCUCAGGAAGCUCCAGCAUGACAGACAGCUGAGCUCCCUGACGCACAUCAUCGUAGACGAGGUCCACGAGCGUAGCGUGCAGUCAGACUUCCUGCUAACCAUCCUGAAGGAUGUCGUCAUGAAGAGGUCAGCCCUGCGCCUGAUCCUCAUGAGCGCCACGGUGGAUUGCGACAAGUUCUCCAGCUACUUCAGCCGCUGCCCAGUUAUCAGCGUUCCUGGACGGACCUUCCCAGUUGAGGUGUUUCACUUGGAAGACAUUGUAGAGGAGACGGGUUAUGUCCUGGAGAAGGACUCUGAGUACUGCCAGAGAAUCCUUGAGGAAGAAGAGGAAGUCAGCAUCUCUGUCACCCAGAAGGGCGGCAAGACUUUGCAACACCAGGAGGUGAUAGUGAAAGACUCCUCUUCAGGCUGGGACCUGGGUCCUGAACUCAGCCACUUCAGCAGCAGGACCCGGCAGGUGCUGCAAUACAUGAACCCCAAUAAGAUCAACAUGGACUUGCUGAUUGACCUUAUCGACUACCUAGACAAAUCCCCACAGUUUGCAGAGGUGGAUGGAGCUGUCCUCGUGUUCCUUCCAGGUCUGGCUCACAUCCAGCAGCUUUACGAUCUGUUGACCUCAGACAAGAGAUUCAGGGACAAACACAGGUACCGGAUAGUUGCUCUCCACUCGUCUCUCUCAUCAAAGGACCAGGCUGCUGCCUUUACUGUGCCACAUGCAGGAGUUAGAAAGAUUGUGUUGUCGACCAACAUUGCUGAGACAGGUGUGACUAUUCCUGACGUUGUCUUCGUCAUAGACACUGGAAAGACCAAAGAAAAUAAGUACCAUGAAAGCAGCCAGAUGAGUUCUCUGGUGGAAACGUUUGUUUCUAAGGCCAGCGCCCUCCAAAGGCAGGGGAGAGCGGGACGUGUUCGAAACGGCUUCUGCUUCAGACUCUACCCUAAAUACAGAUUCGAUGCCUUCAUGGAGUACUCCAUUCCAGAGAUACUUCGCGUCCCACUGGAGGAGCUCUGUCUUCAUAUAAUGAAAUGUGAGUACGGCUCCCCAGAGGACUUCCUGAGCCGGGCCCUGGAUGCUCCUCAGCCUCAGUCGGUCAACAACGCCGUCAACUUGCUGAGGAGGAUUGGUGCGUGUCACCCCAGCAACCAUCUCCUCACCCCUCUGGGACAGCACCUGGCGAGCCUGCCAGUCAAUGUCAAGAUAGGAAAGAUGCUGAUUUAUGGAGCCAUCUUCGGCUGCCUGGAGCCAAUAGCAACCAUUGCGGCAGCCAUCACUGAGAAGUCUCCUUUCUCCACGCCAAUGAAUAGAAAGGAGGAGGCUAACCUGGCCAAGGCCACACUGGCGUUAGCUAACUCAGAUCACCUCACCAUGUACAACGCUUAUCUGGGGUGGAAGAACUCACAGUGCGAUGGAGCGAGAGCAGAAAUGUCCUAUUGUAGAAAACACUUCCUCAAUCGGACAGCUCUCAUUACAAUAGAGGAUGUGAAGCUGGAGCUGAUGAGGAUGAUGGAGCAGGCAGGUUUCUGGUCCACUCGCUCGUCUGCCCACACGAAGCUGCAGGCGGCUGCGCUCUCCAGGGACCAGAUCUCGGUCGUGAACGCAGCGCUGACAGCAGGCCUCUACGACAGCGUGGCCCGGGUGUUGUGCACCCCUUCUGUGGAUGUGCUCGAACGAGUCACAUGCACGGCGGAGACCCCUCAGGGCAAAGCUCAGGUCCAUCCCUCAUCCGUUAACCGCACCCUGCAGGUCCAUGGUUGGCUGCUGUACCAGGAGAAGGUGAAGUACAGUAAGAUCUACUUGAGAGACACCACUCUGAUAUCUCCUUUCCCUUUGCUGCUGUUUGGAGGUGACAUCGACAUUCAGCACAGAGAGAGACUCAUCACUCUAGAUGGAUGGAUCCACUUUCAGGCUCCCGUACGGAUCGGUGUGAUCUUUAAACACCUGAGGAAGGUGAUUGACUCUUUGCUUCAAAAGAAGCUGGAAAAUCCUAAAAUGAACCUGGAAGGUAAAUUAGGGUCAACAUUAUGUUCAAAGAGACUGGCUUUAUUUAGUUAUGAGUCUUGAGAUUUUUUAUUAUCCUCUAAAAUAUUUAAUUUUAUUGUUGUUAAUUGUUUCGUCUAAUUGUGUCUUUUUUUUAUUUAGGUGAGAGGACCAUCCAGAUGAUUCUGGAUCUGAUCAAAUCUGAGCAUGCUGUUUGAUUAACGGUCACCAGAAGAUUUUCCUCACAAGAGCCUUGAUACUAGGGAUUUUCCCCAUGCUAUCGACAGGCCUCUGUGUCCUGUAAUCCUGCUGUGCUUCCCAUUUCAAGCCCUCUGGAGACAUCCUAGAGAUGAACUGAUGGCUCGUAAUCACACAGAAGCUAACAACAAAUUAAUGAGAUAACGAUGAUGCCAAAAGUAGUCAAGUAAAGCUCCACUGGGUUUUAAUUUAAGCGGUGUGAUUCAUGGUUGGUGGACAUAAAUGGUGAUGCUGUCUUUACUAUUAAAUAUGAGGGUUGAUGACAGACCACAAACAAACUGUGUUAAAAAUGGUAAACAGUUGACGGUAAAAGAAGUAUAAUUUCUGCCUGAUGAGUCACGAAGGUAAUAAAAGCCUUGAAGAUCAA